GUCGAUCCAUCGUCAUCGACGAGCGACAGUCUCAAGGGAGAGGCAACCGGCGUUUCUGUACCACCCACGAUCGACAGUCGCAGAUUAGGCUUCUUCGCGACCGACUAGACCACCGGUGCCUCUGCCACCGCAGCUCUACCUCCUGAUCACUCUCUGGUCUUGGAAAUUUUUCAGGGCGCCGCAUCAUGGUCAGCCGCAUCUCCACCAUCUCCCUCUCAAUAGAGAAGGAGUCCAAGGACCAUGGGACCAAGGAAGGUACCGCGGACUUCGAGAAGGCUAUGGAGAUAUGCGGAAAUGGAAGAUAUCAAUACACUUUCCUGCUGGUUUGCGGCGUGAUGUUCAUCUGCGUCGGCUGUCAGUACGGGGCGAACGCGUACAUCCUGCCGUCAGCCGAAUGCGAUCUGAACAUGAGAUCCGAGGAGAAGGGGCUGUUGAACGUCGCCUUCCUCAUAGGUUCCGUGAUCAGCGCUCUUUUCUGGGGAGUCUUCGCGGGUGCGUACGGAAGAAGAAAUAUUCUAUUGCUAAACCUCUUCUCUGACAGUAUCGUUACGCUGAUCGCGAGUUUCUCGCAGAGCUUCAAGCUGCUGCUAGUAUUCAGAGUCAUAAGCGGAUUCUUGAUGGGUGGACCCGGUUCCUUGGUGUACAUGUACCUCGGCGAGUUCCACGCGGAAAGGUAUAGAGCGAAGAGCAUCUGCUUCCUGGGUUUUUUCUUCACCCUCGCUUGGUUAAUAUUACCUGGUUUAGCAUGGAUAAUCAUACCGUUACCGAUAUCCUUCGAUAUCUAUGGCAUCCGGUACAAUUCAUGGAGAUUGUUCCUCGGCGCUGUCAGCCUACCAACUUUCAUCAUUGCCGCCAUAACUUUGACUUAUCCGGAAAGCCCGAAAUUUCUGGUGUCGCAAGGCAAGACCGACGAGGCUCUCGAGAUCCUCCGAACGAUCUACGCGGUGAACACCGGACGUGAUAAAAGCGAGUUUCCGGUGAAAGAACUUCUUUCCGACGCCGUGUUCAAAGUAGAUAAGGACAAGGCGCCACUAUCCUCGUCGGAUAUGUUAACGGAAUUGCUGAAAAAUAUUUGGUGGCAAUUACGCACAAUUGCAUCGCCACCUAACUUAAAGUACGCUGUUCUCUUGUGGACAAUUUAUUUCACGAACAUGUUCGGGUACUACGGCUUUAAUCUCUGGCAACCAGAAUUGUUCAAUCGCUUCGAGAACUACCAUCAAUCGCAUCCGAAUUCAUCCGUGACGGUCUGCGAGCUGAUACACGACACGCAGGUGUUAAAUCACACUAUUCCAGAGGAGCCGUUUCUCCUGUUGGCGAACGGAGUCACUACGGAGUGCAAGCCGCACAUAGACGAACGAGUGUUCAUUAACUCUCUGACAAUCAACGCCGUUUGUCUGUUCGGCAAUGUCGCCUCUGGGUAUCUGGCAAAUCGAGUUGGCCGUCGAACAAUGCCGGUGACCACGAUGCUGGUGGCCGGUACCGCUGGCCUCGGUAUGUACUUCGUGAGAUCCUCGCUGCAGAUCCUUAUAACCUCGUGCGUGUUCUCCCUGAUGGCGGCCACGGCGAAUUUCGUGAUUGCCGGCAUUGUGGUCGACGUCUUUCCUACGCACGUGUCCGCCGCCGCGGUGUGCAUGAUGGUGUGCCUGGGAAGGUUCGGCGCGGUGGCGAGCAAUCUCGCGUUCGGCAUGCUGUUGGAUCUCAGCUGCGAGAUCCCAAUAUUCCUGGUGGCCGGUAUCUCCAUAUUUGGCGGGUUGCUGUGCUUCCUGAUACCAAGCAAAGAGAAGAAGUGAAUGUCUAUCCUCGAAGAACAGACGUGACAACGUGUCAAAAUUAGAAAGAGAACAAUCUGAAGUGUCGAACGCGUGUCAAAUUUAGGAAGGGAACAAUCUGAAGUGUCCAACUGAAGUGUUAUUCCUUUGACAUGUGCAACAACUCGCACAAAGCCUGGAAUAUGUGAGACAGUGUCUACUCAUCUGUAAAUAAUAAUUAUAAGCAUCGAUCGACAAGUUCUCGGUUUCCUUGCAUUCGUUCUCGCAUAAAAGUCUAUGCGCCUCUUAUAAUCGCGUUGCGCAUCGACACCGUACAGUGAAAUCACGACGCUCCGCGACUUAUUUCCAAUCAACUUACACCGAGAAAUAGCAAAUUUCUCAAUACUUAUUUAAUUAAAAAUUGAAUGGCGAACCAUCUCUUAUCAGUCAUUAACUUAACAUCGGUUCGUCAAUGACGAUUUCACUGAUCGGCGAGACAUUCCGUUCGUUUUCUUACGAUCUCCGGCACCGAGCGCUUAUCGACCAAGUCACUUGUAAAUAAUUAUUCCAGUAUUUAAUAACUCGUAUUGUAUAUGCGUGUGGCAUGUAAUAUGUCGCGUGUUUCGUCGCACACGACGAGGCAGUUGUAACGAGCGAGAUUUUUCGUCGCGAUAAUGUGUAUGUUUAGAAAUAAAAAUGUAUGACAAAGGAGGUAUUUUGAUCGUCAGUAUCACGUACACACAUAAAAAAGGGGCGCGACAAUCAUGAUCGCGGUUAUACCUUGGCGUCGACCGAAGGGGAACAGACUGACGCACGGCAAAUACGCGCUAAUCAUCGUGCGGCGAAUGGAAAAUACUUAUCUGUCAGCUCCUAAGCGAGACGGAUUAAGUGUCGUUUCCUGGUAAGCCCCGCAGGAGUUUUAGGAUUUAAUCACCCAAUGUUUAUGGCGUACCUAUCAUAAAGCGUGCAUUUAAAGCCGCGACGUCCGUUCCAUGACGGUGUAUUACAGUAAAUAAUACUACGCAUCAUUUAGGAGCCUAAAAAUCUAUUAUCGUCGUGUUGUGUUGAUAUUAAAUUGAUUUUUCAUCCGGCUAACAUCUUCUUAAAAAAUAAAGAGCUUCUUUCAUUGAGUAUUUUUUGCAAAAUUGCAAAAAUUAUCAAAUUUCUCUUGCGAAAACGUUACACGUUAUUCUUUCACCGAGACGAAAUUAGAACAAUCUAUACCCGCGUAAUAUACAACAUAAUGAUGUCAAUAUUUAUAGCGCAACGAUAAUACUAUGCACAUAUAUGAUAAUAACGAGAGAUUAAAUUAUUAAACAGGAUUACAAAGCAGGACGUGUGUUGGACGUGAUUGAUAAUUAACAACACGUGGGAUACAAAUCUGCAAUUUCGUAUAUUUGUUUUAUUUCUUUUUCGUAAAAAUGAGUGGAGAGAACUUCCUUGAUCUUCGAUACACACGAUCACGUUCGCUCGGUAAGCGUGUUACCUCUCGUUUCGGAAUCGAAUACAAUGAUAUUGAAAAUAAUAUAUAUUGUGAGUUCUCGGGAGUUACCUAAUAAUAUCGUUAUUUCGUUACGCUAUUUCGCACUUACUCGCGGUACCUGUUUUCUUUUUAUUAUUAUUAUUCGUUACUACCAUUCGUUAUUACUAUCGUCGUCGCCAACGACGUAAUACAUAAUAUAUACAUAGUAUGUAUAAUAUAUAUGCGUAUGCGCGCGCGUGCGUGCACACCUUAUGUACAAUAUAUACAGCGUACAAUAUAGCAAUGUUUGUUUUUUCUUUAUCUCGAUUCUUCGUUGUGCACUCCUCUCCGCACCAAUUACAUGUAUAAUAUAUGUAUACUCUUUUGUUGCGUAUAUCUUAUUGCGCGUGAUUUGAAAAUGAGGAAUCGCGGUGCCUGAAAUGUCGAAAGCUCUUUCAUCCGUGAACGAUUUUCGAUGAACAUUAAAGCGAAAUAACAGUCUCCGCUCGUCGUGACUCGAUUCCAAGUCGGAAAUCAUAUUUAAACAAAAAUGUUCGCCAAUAUCGUCAUAUUCACAUCGACGAAUUUCGAAACUGUCGUUACAGCGAACGAUUACCAAAAUUAUGUUACGAAAAAUGAAAAUAUGUAAUUUAAAGAUUUUAUGCUCUCUUUAUUUUCAUCCAGACUUUUCAAGUCCGUUUUUUUAUCGUUAUCAUAGAAUUAACUAUAAUUUUUCGGAAAUUUUUUUCUUAAUCGAACGCGAGCGACUAAAGAAAAACGUUUCUUCUUAGGCCACUUUCUUUUUUCUUUGAGUUUCUAAGUUCGUCGAUGAAAUGUCAAUUUCCGGAAAUUAAUCGAUCUUCUGAGGACCAAGAGACAAUCGACAUUGAUAAAUUUUCUUCGGCGAAGAGUGGAUUUUUAAAAUCAAUUUCGCAAAAUUACGAUUCGAGGCGCGUAUCUCCGCGAUCGGAAAAAGUCUAAGUCGUCCGUGUUAUAAAGCGUAUCUCUCUACUCCCCGACUAUUUGAACUUUCGAAAAGCACAGUAUCUCGUGGUAAGGCACUAUUUGUUUAUUCGUUACAUCCUAACGCGGGCGUAAAGUGUAUACCCCUAGAACGUAGGACAGAAAUCGUCGAAAUUCAUCUAAAUACGUAAAAAUUUUUCUCUCUUGUUUAUUUAUUUUUAUCAAAGUUCAGUCCAUCCGGUGUAUAUCGUUAAUUUAGAAUGAGAAAAAAGAGCAGAGAGAGGAUCAGCGAGUUUGGAAGGAGGAAAGAUACGUACGCGAGCAAAGGGCUCCUUCAUGCCUUUCUUUCAUUUUUUUUUUCGUUUUUCGAAGACGGGCAGUAAGUAAUACCGUACCGACGAAGCGCUUGCAGUACUUAUCCGUAAACAGUAUUUACGCGUGAUAAUCGCUAAUUGUGUCUCUCUCGUUCUAAACGCUAAUUAAAUGUAACAGUGAACGGCUAUGUAAAGGCACUAUGUUUCACAGACGUAGGGUCCUUAAUAGGGAAAUCAGCUGCCUUCAUUCGUUCGUUUGCACAAUUUUACCUUUGGCUCAUCCGCGUUUCGCGUGUGUGUUCCACACCUCCCCCGAAUGUUCCCCACGAAAAAUAACCCCCCUCCCCCCGGCAAUCUCUUUCCGUUUAUUGUCACGUAUUUUCGUUUUUUUCUUUUCUCUCCGCGCGCGAAAAAUUCUCAUCGAACUCGGGUCGCGAUGAUAAAUCAUUAAUUAAGUGAGACACUCGCGACUCGAAGGCAUCUAAUCUCGCUAACGAGGAACUAUCGUAUUGCAUGUCUAUGGUUUAAAAAGAUUAUUUAAACCCUAGUCCACAGACACGAGUGCGGAGUGGUCGAUCGGCCGAUAGCAGUUGUGUGAGUUAGUAGACGGUAGUAGAAAACGGCUCUAACUGUCGCUCGGUCGUUAACAUUAGUGUUAUUACUCUCUCUCGUUAUUAACUACUACUGGAUAAUGGCACGUCGCGUCGCCCGAGAGAAACGGUAACUCGUCGAACAAGUGGCCGGGCUCUUUUAUUGGCGAAAGCCAAUAAUCCAAUCGUACCCGCUACGAGAUAAAUCUCUCACGGCGGAUAGGCGUAAGAAUAAAUUAUUCUUAAUCAGAAAGCUCUCAGUCUUGCUUGACGCGCUUCAGAUAAACAGUCAUUUGCCGACGUAACAAUCUCUCUCAUUACGAGACAUAACAGAAGUUAUAUUAAUCUGUAUAUCUAAUACAGAUUAACUUUUACAUUACAAAAACCUCGAAUGAAAAGCGUUACAAAAAUAUUAGCAAAAAAAAUAUAAUUUGAAAAUGAGAAAAUGUAGGUAUUCGAAUAUUAUUUUUAGACGAAAUGUAAUUGUUUUUGAUGAUCACAGGAAAUUGAGAAAGAGCAGAAUAUCAAGAUGAAAUGAACAAGAGACGGAAAAAGCGAAUUGGUAAAAAGGGGAUAAACUAUUGGUAAAAAGGGGAUAAGGGCGAAGCGCGAAAGGACGUGAAAGGAAAAAGAACGUAAAACAAAGAGGUAGAGUGAAAGAAGACAAUAUUCAUGCAUUAGAUGAAUCUAUGUUUCAGUCGAAAUGCAAAAACGUUCCACGCAGCUUACGAAUGUACACAACAGAUGUAUUUAGUCUUUCUUAUUUGGAAAAAAAAAAAAAAAAUCUUUGUCGAAGAUGUAUAUUACAUUACUUCACAUUUGAACUUCCUUUUUCACUUAAGAUCAGUGUGGUACUCGUGCUUUCGAUUUUCCAAUUUUACGACGCUACAAAAAUUCACGAAAAUCAUCUGAGAAACCGAAAGAUUUCUCCGCACUUUAUAUUUAUGUACAGAUACAAUCUACAAGUAACACUUUUGUAACUACAGACAUUCCGAAAAAGACGAAAGGUAGAGCAGUAUAGAAGAAUGUCGGCGAGAUUGACAGCGAUUACAGAAAGCAUAAUUAUAACAAUAGCGUUCUAUUGUAAAAAUUAAUCCAAACAGAAACGAAACUCGGCAAAAUUUUGUAAUUCACACGAGAGACAAAAGAUUCGACAGAAGAAAAAAAAUAAGAAUACAACGAGAUAAACCGCGGUAUUUAUUUUUUCGCCUGUUUUUCCGGUAAUUCAUUAAACAGAUUUAUUAUUGCGAGUUUGCUAUUGGGCUUUCUGUGAGCAUAAAUCUGCGUUUUCUCCUUCAAAGUUUCGCGUUUUUUUUUUUUUUUUUUGGAGGGUAGAUUUAUAUUACACGAUUUUUUCGCAUUUUCGCGAUCGUUUCUCUCUCGAGAAAUUCCCGAGACGAAGGAGAAAUCGCUCUCGCAUUUGUUGCGACGAGGCAUGUCGCAGGGGGAGAAGAAGACGCCCGGACGUCCCCGCAGCGGUAUUUACGUCGUAGGACUGUCCUACCAUUAAUUUUAGAAUACGCCCUCGUAAGUUCCUUUUUGUUCCUAACGCGCGACGGCCGCGACGGCUCUCUCCUUUGGAUGGCUUGAGCGCGAUAAAACGAGCACAAAGAGGUACAAAUAUGAAUCAUUACGUAUUUCGUAUGCGUGUUAUACGCCGCGGCUGAUCUACAAAGUCCACACGAAUUGCAUUCAUUUAUCGGCUAAACCGACAUCCCCGCAUCGUAUUACGUUUCUCGUCAAUUAAUCAUCUCUCUUUCUCUCUCUUUUACUGUUAAAUUAUUCUUAUCGAGUUUAUACUGGUCGUCUUUUUGAAUUAUUGCAAACGUUGUUAGAAGUACGGAUGUAAAGAUGACGCGAACGUCUUUGACAGAUAUUGGUACCUCGAGCUCAAGACGGUGGCGUCGGGAUAGACUUAAAUUACUUGUAAUCGGAUUCCCUCGAGGAACACGGACGCGACGUGUCUCGUAAAUCGUCGAAUGUGCCGCGCUCGUACGUCACGCGGACGGAGGCACGUAACGCCGGUUUCAAACGCGUUCCAAGGCGGUGCGCACGUUCUUAAUUGCGGCACAAGAGGGGGAGGGGGGAACGAAUAGAUGGACCUCGACCACAACAACGUGUUGGGGAACAGCGCGGGAAAAGGGACUACGAAAAGCAAGCCGGAGUCGUCCAAAGUGAACAAUCUGCGCCCCGGCGGACGUUCUCUCAUUCCUCGUUACAAUUAUUUUCGCCAAUGAUCCAACCCGCGACUGUCGCUCUUUUUCGCUCUCUUUCUCUCUCUCUUUCUCUCAAUCUUCCUUUCUCUCCCUCUCACAUUACAGUUAGCUACCUAUGAACAUCUUUUUGUAUACGUCUCUGUAUACAUAUCAAUAUAUAACAUUUAAGCGGCGUAUACGCAUCACAAUAUAUCGCUUCUUGUAGCUCUCAAUCCGUUCGAUCGUUUAUUACAAAGUAACGGCCACUUUUACGUCCGAUAAAAGCGGUAGUACGAAAGUAAACUAAUGGUCGAAAAAACUUACGGGUCGAUCAGUCGAUUGUAUAUAUGUAUAUGUAUAUGUGUAUGUGUGUUCUUUGAUGUACGCUUGUAUAUGUGUAUCGUGUAUGCGCGUGAGUGAAUACGUAUGACUGGUACACGUUUACAUUGUAUGCACUUAGACACAUUGUUCUGAACACCGUGUACGCGCUUUUUCCCUCUUUCAAGUACAUUCGUAUAUCUACAGAGUAUGUAAAAAAACAAACGUCCGCAUAUAUAUGCGUCACGUGUACAAUUCUCUUCUCGAGGGAAGUUUCCGCGCGUCGGAAACGAGGCGAGGCAGCGACGUUCGGAAGAAAAUAAAAAGCAACCACACGGAGACAGCCAUCCUUCAUCUCGGUCGAAACGUUUCGAUAAUUAGCGGCGGCUAAGCACGCCGAGAGAUGGGUGAAUACUAGCGAUAAUCACUCGUUCCUCAUUUCCGAUGUGCCGAAACUCCUCCGUUAAUUAACCGUUAUACGC